UUACAACAUUAAAUGUAUUACACAUACAAUACUAUUAAUACUAUUUAAUGAAUGAAUUGAAUGUACUAUUGAUUUGAUUGUCAAAUGAUUGAUCUCUGAAUGAGUGAUAAUAACAAUCAUUUAAGACAAACAAUGAUAUUAUUUGGUGAUUAGUCAUCACUGGUGAUGACCAUCGAUGGCAGACAAUGUCAAACAAUGUUAUAUUUCACUCGUCAUUAACUAAUAAUUAUUGUUGAUAUGUUUCAAAGUAAAGAACAUUUGAUCCGAUCAUCGGAUCCAUCGCUUUGGGGUUUUGCUGGACUUGACCUCAAUAAUGAUGAAGAUCUUAGCCAUAAAAUUGUGACCCGUAUUUGGAAAUCAAUAAACUCUAAGAUCUUUAAUGUAGUGAUUGUUGUGUUGGUCUUAAUCGACACUUUUGUCAUUAUAUCACAAAUACUGAUUGAUUCCCAUUGGAUCCAAGAUCCUAAGUGGCGACCAAUCGUUGACUUCAUUAACACUACAAAUACGACAACUAAUUAUAGUAAGAAUUCAAUGAAUGAUUUGAGUCCUUCUUUGGCCACAACAAGACAUAUACUUCAAUACAUUUCGUUAACUAUGAUAUCAUUUUUCUUUAUUGAAGUAUUGUUUCGGAUAUAUAGCGGAAAAUGCAAACUUUUUGUCCAACUUUUUGAUUUAUUGGAUGCCAUACUCGUUGUUAUAGUAUUUUCUUUAAGUUUUAUCUUUUAUUUUUAUAAUUUUCGGGAUCAAAGUUGUGGCAAACAAUCUCUAUUAUUGUUGAUUAUAUUACGGUUGUGGAGAUUCUUUCAAAUUGUUAAGUUAGUGAUUGAAGACUCACAGCAAAGGAUUGUCUACACAUUGAAUGUUUGCGAAAAAGAAAGGACUCAUUGCGAGCAUAAGAUUGAUAUAUUGAUACUCAAAGUGGAAGACUUGGAGCACGAAGUGGCGUAUCUGAAGGAAAAGCUUAAGAAGACAGAGAAAGAGAACUCUUGUUAUGUCCAACAGUUGAUUGACUCAAAACCUAAACCAAAAAUGAAUGCUAAGCGCACCCAAUCAUCUCAGAGUUACUGUCCCUGUCGUAAGGAUAGCUUUAAGGGAACAGUUAAACAUCCCGUAACAGCAAAACUAUUACGAAACUACUCUCAACCUAACGGCUCAAAUAACUAUAUCUAUGUUGAUAUUGAUGUCGAUGUUGAAUCUCAGCCAUUAGUUUCAAAGACAUCAGAUGAAAAUCAUGAGAUGUCUCCAGAUUUGGAUGUUUUUGCAAAAAAUUUGGCCGAAAGUAUUACAAUUGAUGUUAUGAAUGCUGUUAUCGACAAAACUAGUAGUCAUUUAUUGAAUUCAUUAAAUGAAUUAUUAAGUGAAUCGCCAAACGAUUCAAUGCAAAGUCAAAGCAAUAAACCAUUAAUGAAUCCGUCGUCUUCUUAUUUAUUCAGUAAUCAAUUAUUUAAUAAUUCACUCAUUAAGUCAGCCAUUUGUAACGGAACGGGCCUUCACUACAACCACAUUACCAAUCAGUCAAAUCAUUGGAUACCUAAGCAGUCCAAUAACACAACAACUCUUGACUCGAGUUGUGUCGCACAAGAACUUAAUAACGAGGACAAGAAUGUCGAGCGCAUCCAUAAAGCUGUUGUGGAUAUCAAUGAUCAAGACAUUCCUAUGAAUUCUCUAUAAGUAAUACUGUACUCUAAUGUACUGAAUAAUGCACUCAAUUA